AUGGAAAAAUAUGGCCAAACAAAAGCCUAUGAGACAAUGGAAGAUGCUGGCUGUCAGCUGAAUGUAAAAGAUGUAGCCCAUCUGCUCCGAGCCAGGCAUACCAUCAUUACUGGUGGCCGGACGACAGAAGGAUAUCCUAUCAUAAUAUUUCCUGAUACAGGAGCCUUUUGGAGUCUUUCUGACGAAGACUACCACAAAUUGAUUCUGUACCUCACCAACGUGCCUACGCUACAAGAUGCAGACUUGGGAUUUGUCCUCAUAAUAGAUAGAAGGAAUGAUAAGUGGAGUUCCGUAAAAACAGUUCUUUUAAAAAUUUCGGGGUACUUCCCAGGACUCAUUCAAGUGGUGUUUGUCCUUCGUCCAUUGGGUUUUUUACAGAAAGCUAUUUCAGAAGUUAGUAACAAAUUCUUUAGAGAAGAGUUUAAAUUUCGGCUUGUAAUUUGUAGCAAUAUUGAUCAUUUACAUCAGUACAUUGAGGUUAGUCAACUGACGGUUGAUUUAGGAGGAACCAUUUCGUACAAUCAUGAAGAAUGGAUACAACAGCGUGUGGCUGUUGAAAAUUUUACUACAAACCUUCAGGACAUUUCAGCAUCUCUGCGGGAAUUGACCCAAAGACUUCAGGAAACAGAGUUUCCGAAUGAUGUCCAGUCCACUCUCUCCCUCUUGGAGGAUCAGGGUGGUGAGUACCAGAGUCUGAAGGAAGACAUCCGAUGUGCAGCAAUGCACGGAGAGACUCUCCUUAAUUGCAUCAGGAAGCCUAAUCUGCAGAAUGUGAUUGCGGUCAAAUGUUCUGAUCGAUUCAUCAAUGCAGCAGCCGUGCAAAGGUUGCUUCUUCAGCUAGAUGAAACAGAAAAAGGUUUUGACUCAUUUUGGUCACAACAUGAAAAGCGCCUCAGUCAGUGCCUUGAACUUAGAAAAUUUGAACAGGAGUUUAAAGAAUUGCAGGUGACUCUAGCUGGAAAUCUGAGAGAUUUAGCUGAAAUUCCCGAUACUGGAGAUUCUGUUUCUGAAGUAGACUCAUUGUUGGAAGCCUUAGAAAAAUUCAGAAGUGAUACUGAGGCUGAUCUAGACAAGGCAGAUCAUCUUCAGCAGGAGGGAGAAAAACUUAUAGUUGCCAAUCAUUACGCUGUAGACUCUCUAGCGCCUAAAUGCAUUGAGCUCGAGAGAAUUGCAGCUGACAUUCGCCAACAAGUAGCUUUCCGUAUAGAGAUUCUAAGAAAAAGUCGAGACCUCCAAGCAAGAAUAGAAAAAGCAAACAAGUGGUGCACAAGGGGUGUGAACCUGCUGGCUGGGCAGCAGAUUGAAAAAUAUUCCUCUCCUGUGUUUGCUCAAUCUGCUCUAAAAGAGAUUGAGUAUUUUUUGGAGAGUUCCAAUGAGUUCAAUCUCAAUGAUCCCAAAGAAAUUCACUCACUCUUCAAGGGGGUGAUCACACCUGAAUCUAGAGCUCUUGUGCAACAGGUUCUGAAAAGGAUAGAAGAUGUUCAGAUGAUGUGUGAGAAAAGAAAGUGUAGCUUACAAAGAAUAGUUUCUAGAAACAAAGGCAAUGCUCAAGAAUCCUCUCUCUUUUCUUCUGGAAAAUCUCCUGAAGGCAGGAGAAAAAUUGUGAGGAAGACAAAAAAUGUGCCUAAGGUUAAAAUUGAAGUGCGCUUUGGUGAUCAACUGCAAUCAGAGCCAAAUAACUUGCUACAAAUCCCUGACGGUAGUAGUGAAUCUAGAUCCCCUUCUCCAAUGACGUGUCAAGAGAUGCUGCACAACAAAAGAAGUCAUGUAAUGACAGAGCUCAUAGAAACUGAAAAAGCUUAUGUAUCUGAACUGAACAGCAUUAUUCAGGGUUACAAGAAUGAGAUGAGUAAUGCAGCAGCGCAAGUGCCUUCUUCCCUCUACGGCAAGGCUGACAUCCUGUUUGGAAACAUGGAGGAUAUAUAUUCAUUCCACAGCAAUGUCUUCCUUAAAGACCUCCAAGCCUGUAGUAGUACUCCAGAGUUAGUUGGGCAUUGUUUUGUAAACAGGCGGGAUGCCUUCCACAAAUUGUAUUCUACCUACUGUCUCAACAAGCCCAAGUCUGAAGCCUUAAGAAGACAGUGUGGAGAUGAUAACCCCUUUUUCAAAGAGUGUCAAAAAAAUUUAGGCCACAAGCUGCCCCUUGGAGCUUAUUUAUUAAAACCUGUCCAGAGGAUUACAAAGUAUCAGCUUCUGCUGAAGGACCUUCUAAAGUGCCUGGAUGAAGGCACUGGACAGGCUGACCUUCAAGAAGCUGUAGAUGCCAUGUUAGCUGUUUUAAAAUAUGUAAAUGAUAGUAUGCACCAGAUUGCUAUUACAGGUUUUUAUGGCAGCUUGGCGGACUAUGGCCGACUUCUUCUUCAAAGUGCAUUUAGUGUUUGGAUGGAACGAAAGAAGCGGGAACUCCGCUUUAAACCGCGAUCCCGAUACAUUUUUUUAUAUGAACAAUUAGUCCUUUUCACCAAAAAAUAUGGUAGAGAUGAUAAUCCGAGCUACGCAUUCAAAAAUGCUCUCAAGACUUCUCAAAUUGGUUUGACUGAAAACAUCAAAGGCUACAGAGGAGAUAAACGAAAGUUUGAGCUGUGGCUUCAUGGUCGUUCUCAGGUAUUCAUCAUUCAGGCUCCAUCUGUUGAAGUGAAAGAAGUGUGGGUGAAAGAGAUAAAAAAGGUCUUACUCCUUCAAUUUGAACAUCUAAAAGAUCAAAAUCUGAAACAACAUUCAGAUAAAAUACAAAACCUUGGGUACAUCAACGGCAUAUGUCAAUCUCCACCUAUUCCUCACAGAACAAGAAGCAACAGAAGCAGUUUCAGUUGGCAUAACAGUGUUUACCGCAGCAACAGCAUGACCACGAGGCAGCCGGGAGAGCUCGGACGAAGAGCGACUGUCGCCUCCCUGCCAUCUCGCAAAGAGGAUUGCGUGUCGGACGAUGGAUGGUCGUCUGCUGAUGAUUUUUCAUCUGCUGAUGAAGAUGAUGAUGGCGAUGUUUUUGUGAUUACUACAGAGGUGGGCGGUCAUUAUGUGGCGCUAGGUGAUUAUGAAGCUGUUGACGUGGGUGAGGCAUCCCUCAAGGAAGGUGAAACAGUUGAAGUUGAGAAAGUGGGAUGCGCAGGAUGGUGGUAUGUAUGUGUACUUGACUCCACAAAGCGUGGUUGGGUACCUGCAUCCUAUUUGGGGCAUGGAAAGAGUGGAUCUUCUCCAUCUGUCAGCAGCCAAGAUUCUAUCACGGGAUGCCUUUUACUUGCAGCUGGUUGCAAACCAAGCAUGACAAAUACAACUCUGGAAAAAGCAUAAAUGAAACUCUUUAUUUUUAUGCAAAUGACCCUAACAUCACGUAGCAUAUGCGUAAGACAGCCAAAUGCAUUUCAAAGUCAGCAGUUGUCUGCUCAGCAGUGAGAUUUGAAUUACUAGAUAAUAUUUAUUAACCAACAAGGAUCUCUGCUUUUUCUUACAAUAUUUUGUUAACUAACCAAGUAUUUCUGAUUAGAUAAAAGAAAAAAAACAAUGACUCAAAAGUACAAAAAGCUAUGAUACUUGAUCUCUGUGAUUCUUUCUUCUUUUCAUACAUAAAAAACUCGUAGUUCACUAUGACUCAACAAUAAUUCAUUUCUAGGCUUAAGCAAAACUGCUGUAGUUUUAGACAAAAGUUUAUUGCUUAUGUAAAUACAUAAAUGUCGUCAUUUGGGCAAAUGCCACUGCUUGCUGCAUUGUUGCUCAGUGUUUCUUUUAAAAAAGAUGAAUAAUAUUGCUUCAGAUUGUUGAUAUGUGCUGUUACCCUAGCAGGGUUUUGAUUUCUGAAAUUGCUCAGUUAAAAAUUACUAAGCAAAAAUAAUCCCUAAUAUCAAAAUAAAGAAAAAAGAAUAAAAUAAAGAAAUUUGAAAAUAAAAAAAAUGAUGAACAAUAUUGCGUCAGAUUGUUGAUAUUUGCUGUUACUGGGCUUGCUUUCUGAAAUUGCUCAGAUAAAAAUUACUAAACAAAAAUAAUGACUAAUAUCAAAAUGAACUGAUCUCUUUGGCCAAAGUGCAUGCUUUGACCAAAUAGAUUUUGUAUAUUUUUAAUUACUAUCCUCUGCUGCAUGCUUGACUAUCAUUAAAUAUGUAUGUAUAGGGCAAAAUUAGAGAAUUUUGCUACUGGCCAACAGUGGACCCUGUUUCUAAAACAAGCGGCAAUUUUUUUUUAGAAAUUGAAAAUUUUAAACGUUUCAUGAACUGUUGGCAUUCUAUUCAAUCAUAUCUCAAACUAUAGUAAACAUUACAAUGUUCAUUUUUAAAAUAAAGAAAAAUUUUAAGAAAAAAGCGUGAAAUAAUUUUCAUAAUAUUACAAAAUAUUCUUAAUAAUUCCAUAUUUCUUUAAAAGAAAUACAUUUUCAAUGAAAAAACGGGUGAUUGGAUGGCCGCUUGCAGACAGUUUUUUAAGCGUUAUAUUUAGUCGCCCUGGGGUGACUGUUAAUUUUGUCCUAUAUAUAUAUAUAUAGAUAGAUAUAAAUUUGAAAUCUUAUAAAAAAUUGCCUAAUUCAUUAAAGUACUUCAAAUAAACGAAAAACAUUGUAGAAAAAUCUAAUAUAUUUCAGAACAACUUUGAGCUUAAAAUUUUGAUUGAUAACGAAAAUUUAGUUUGAAUAUAAAAGAAAAAUAUUAAUUAGUUUUAGAUUUUGAUAAAUAACACCUAUGUUUAACGUGAAAUUUUUCAUAUUUUAGCUUGCAGUGACUCAAAAUUAUCUUUCUAGCCUUGAAUAUUAAUUACAGCUAACAUAAGUAUAUGCUGCUCAUACACUGUGGAAAAAACACUCAAACUUUUAUUCUAAUGAUCAGAUUUUCAUGUACAUUUAUUGUUUCAAGGGACGCACUCUAAAUCAAUUAGGUUAGACUACUUUUAUGUUACUACAUUAGAAAUAUUUUUUUUAUCAUGAUUUUGUUUUAUUAUCAUUAUUAUUUUUUACCCUCAAAAUAUGAAGAGAGAUAGGUGCAAUCUGGAAAAUAUAACCCUCAAAAGUUUUAACCCUUUAAUGUUAUUUUUAUUUUGUGUAUUUUGCCAUAUCUCUGGAAAUAUUUGACGAAUCAAAGCAUAUUAUUAUAAAACUCCUUUUGAUAAGAUAAAUAAUUUCAUACUAAAAUGCAUUUUUUGUGGUUUUAUUUAAUAAAGUUGGAAAAAAUAUUUGAAUCGCAAACUAUUCUAAUUCUUAUAUCAGUUUAAGCCAUGUAAGUAUAGGAAACAAAACCUGCAAAUUUCAACAAAAUCUUUUAAAUAAUUUCUAAAAAUCUCAAAAAGUCGUAAAACAAGACUUUUUAAAUUUUACGUAUCUCUAGAACUAUUUCACUUAAUUUUUAGCUUUUAAUUAUUUAAAAUUGCACAGUAAAUGUUCAAAUUAAUAUUUUGAGGGAUUGUAUUUUAGCUCAUUUAAAGUACUAUACUGCUUAAACCAAAAAGUUAAAAUCUGAAAGCAGAAGAUUAAAAAACAUGAAAAUCUAAUUAUUAGAUUAAAAGUUACUUAGAGUUAGAUUUUUUUCAAAACUGUAUAUGUAUUAGCUACAAGUAUUGAACAUUUGUCCCUAAUAAUAUCUGUUCCUAAUAAUUAUCCUUAAUAACAAUGGGGCUCAAAAUUGGCUCAAUGUAAGUCCUAUGCACUGAGGUACCAAUAUGGAUACAUCUAGAUUUUUUAAUAUUGGUCCUAGAAUGGUCUAUAUCAAGGGUUUCCAACUGGCGAACUAAAAUAUGUUAGUUUUCAUUUUUUUGGCGGACAAUUUUCGUAAAAAAUCUUUAAGGGUUUAAAAUACUUUUCUCGUUAAAGCUAAUUGUAUAAACAAGCAAUAGAAUUUAUUUACCUUAUUUGUUUCUUGUGUGUGUCAAAGUUAAAAAGAUUAUCUAGAUUCUCUCUAAAUAGUGUUAUAAAUUAAUGCAUCUGAAAAUUUAAAGAUAAGACAAAAAAUUUUUGCUUAAAAUGAAUAACUAAUCUAAAUGUUAAAAUAAAUUGCUCUAAAUUUUAAUUAAUAAUAGAAUUUAAUUUCAAUUAAUAUUUAAAUCUAAUUUUGGGUUAAAAUGUAAAAAUAUGGCUUUCGUUUUCAGUGAUGCUAACUACCAUGGAUUUUUCAUUAUUUCUAUACAUUUAAUUUCUGAUUGUGAAUUACUAAAAUUCCUAAAUAUAUUCCCAUGCAUUCUUGUAUUAUAGAAAAAUACUUUUACUGCCUAUGCCGCUUAUUUUAGCAUUUUGGUUUUGAAAUAUGUUGAUAAAUCCUUUUUUUUUUUAUGUAUAAACAAACUAUUUUGUUACUUAAAUUAUAAAAUUCUAUUCAAUUUAAAUCAUAGAAUUUAUAUUCCUGGAUCUUUUUCAAAUUGUUAAUCUGUAUCCAAUUAAAUAUGUAUGAAGUCUCAUUGUAUCGUUUCCAUAUAAAAUAUCAAUUAAAUACACCAAUCAUCAAAAAUGUGUCUUACAGAAUAUCAAUUAUAAAUCAUUUUAUUUUAUUGUUAUUAUUAAUACAAAAAAUACUCUUGAAAAUUAUGUCUACUGCUAUGAAAAACUACAGAUAGCCAUUAUACUGCAUGUUAGCAUCAUUUUAAUUUUCAUUAUAACCAAAAAUAAUAUUUUUGAAACAAUUUAAUAACUUUGAAUGAAAAAUGCAUUUUUGAUCCACAUUCGGUAAUAAGUUUUGCAUUGCUGUCUAUUUUGGACUUUCAUUCAUUAAAACUGUAAAAAAAGUCCUGAUUUUUGC